AAUUAUCAUUCUAAAAAAAAACUCUCUCACGAGGGGGUGAUCGUGAGAGCAAGCCAAGAAAGAGAACAGCGGGAGCAAUGGCGCUUCUCCAUUCCUCUUUAUCUGUUUCUACUCCCACCAACGCUUCUCUUGCAAAUCUACCCUUCUUCAGAAAGCGACCCACAAGCUUGCUCUGUCAUAAAAAAAUUGAAAUGUACAAGAAAUUCAAUCUCUGUUCAAGUUCUAGCUCAAAACCCACCUCAGAAAAUGGACUUUGCAGGAGGGAUUUGAUUCUAUUUGGGCUUUCUUCUUCAUUUGUUCUGACAUUUCCAUCUUCGGGUUCGCUUGCAGAGGAAGAGUUGAAAGUUGCUACAAUGGCUGACCAAAUAAAUGCUUAUUCUUAUAGUUAUCCGGUGGAAUUGCCAUCUACUAAUUUCGCCUUCAAAUGGGUGGAAUCAAGAAAACCAGAACGCUAUUCUUCUGCUGCUCCGUUGUCUCCUGAUGCACGAUUGAGGAUUGUCUCCGAGAGAGUUGAUUUCAUUGACAACCUUGUCAUUUCGGUUACGAUAGGCCCUCCAAAUUCCAUGUUCAUAAAAUCAAAGGACAAGAGUACUUGGUCAGCAAAAGAUGUUGCAGACUCUGUUUUAUCCGACAAAUCCGCAUUGCGGGUCACUUCAAGUCAGCGCCUGGCUGAGAGUUCAGUUCUUGAUACUCAUUCUAGUAAUAUUGAUGGUGAGCCAUACUGGUAUUAUGAAUACCUUGUUCGAAAGUCGCCAACAAAAAUCGUUGGAGAAUCCAACAUUUACAGGCAUUAUGUUGCAUCAACAGCCGAACGAGACGGUUUUCUGUAUUCUAUUAGUGCUUCGACCCUCGGCGCGCAAUGGAACGCAAUGGGACCUUUCCUGCAGAAAAUCGUAGAGUCGUUUCGCCUUCUUCCUCCGACCGAGGACUAUGUUCCUCCAUACAAGGAUCCAUGGAGAUUUUGGUGACAUUUUGUAUAUUGUAGCCCUGCAUUUUCUGGCAAUUUUGUAUCCUAUUCUUUUGUGAUAUGAUUUUACCAAUGAGUUCUAGUUCUAGUGUAUUUUUCGAGAUCUAGGCUUAGCUAAGUGAGAGGAUUUUCUGGGUCAACUUCUAUGCGAAAUUUGGAGAAAGUAGAUCUCUACCUUAUUUAUGUUCAAAAUUUCCCUCUACGAUCAAACUGUGUUGUGAAUUUAAUUGCCAUCACUAUUGUAUAAAACUGCAAAAAGUAUGCCAAUGAUGCAGAAUAAACAGAAGUUUCAUUAAAUGACA